CAGCCCGGGGCAGCCGGAGGCUUUCGCCCGGCGUGGCCCCGCUCGGGGUCCUCCGCCCCGGCACAGCUCCCUCCGGUACCUGUUCCGGUGGCGGUGCAGCAGUCACCUGCUUGGUGCUGUGUGCUGAGGAGACUCUGCUCGUUUUGCUAGGCCAUGUCAGUGAUCGGAGACCGGAGGUCCAGGGAACAGAAAGCAAAGCAGGAAAGGGAAAAAGAACUAGCAAAAGUCACUAUCAAGAAAGAAGACCUGGAGCUGAUUAUGAACGAGAUGGAGAUCUCGCGGGCAGCUGCUGAGCGCAGCCUCCGGGAGCACAUGGGGGACGUGGUGGAGGCCCUGAUCACCCUCACCAACUGAGCCCAUCUUCCCAGGACUGCGCCGCACGCGUCUGCCGCUACCUGCCCUGGGCACGGCCUUGCCCAGCGCGGUGCCGGCUGUGGACUGCGUGUGUUAAAUUAUUGAAUAAAGGCACCAGCUGGAGUGA